AUGGCAUUGAUGAAGCAAGCAGACUUUUUCUAUUUAUUUGACUCCCAUGCCAGAGACUCUAAUGGCAUGCCUGAUCCUAAUGGCACUGCUGUUGUCAUGAAAUUUGCUAAUAUUCUAGAAUUAGAACAAUAUUUGUAUUCUCUUUCAAUGUCGUUACAUGCCAAUUUAUUUGAAAUUGUACCUGUGAGAUUAAAUAUAUGUAAAGCUUCAGAGCAAAAAAGUAAGUGUGUAAAGGAUCAAGAGUAUGUCCUGAAAAAGAGGCUUUUAAUAGAAAAUGAAGGUGAUAAACAAGCUAGACUGAAGAAAGCUAGUGAGUAUAAAAAAAGAAAGCAGUCAGAGGAAACUGACAGUGUGCGGCAAAUAAGACUUCAAAAAUUAAGUGAGUCUAUUAAACAGAAACGUUCAGAGGAAACUGACAGUGAACGGCAAAUAAGACUUCAAAAAUUAAGUGAGUUUAUUAAACAGAAACGUUCAGAGGAAACUGACAGUGAAAAACAAAUUAGACUUCAAAAGGAUUGUGAGUCUAAAAAAAGAAAGCGGGCAGAGGAAACUGACACCAGCAGACAAGUGAGGCUUGAGAAAGAUAGACUUAAUAAAAAACAAAAGCGGGCAAAAAAAGUGUCACAGCCUCAACAUGAAAUAUUAAAUCAACAGGACUAUUUAAACAUGUUUGACAGAACCAAAAAUGGUGGUAUUGAAGAACAAUGUUGGGCUAAGGCUAACAUUAAUAAGUUUAGUAAGUCUGUGCAAUACAUUGUCAGUCAGUGUACAGAAUGUCAGGAGGCAUGGCCCUUAAAAUCUAAACCAAGGACACCUUAUGUGUGUUCACGAUGCUUUAGAGAUAAAAAAUCUCCAAAAAAAUUUUCUUGUGAAAAUUUAAUGAUACCUUCAUGUGUUCCACAUGAACUGCAAAAUUUAACACAGAUUGAGGAAAUGUUGAUUGCUCGUGCUUUGCCCAUCAUGAGAGUUUAUAUUAACCCUGGUGGUCAACGAGGUUUUUCGGGGCAUUGUAUUAACCUGCCACAAAAUGUCAAAGAACUUGCAAUGUCUUUGCCAAGAUAUCCUAAAGACUUAGCUGUGAUUAUUGUCAAGGCUAAAGGUAGAGAAAACACAUUCAGAGAUGUGACUGUGCGAAAGCAAAAAGUGGACAAUGCUUUAGUUUGGCUUAUCAAUAAUAAUCCUCAUUAUUCUGAGUUAUUAAUUAAUCAAGAUGCAUUAAAUUCCUUACCUGAAAAUGGUGUACCACCAGGUCUCAUGACUGUUGAGACUGAUGAUGAUAUAGUCUCAGAUGACAAUUGUUCUCCUGAUGUAGGUCCUCCUACUGAUAAUCCUUCAGAGGAUAUUGUUUAUAAUGACUCUACUGAAAUGAGUAGUUUUUUACCUGUUGGUGAACAACAACAAACGGAAAUUGAAGCUGUUAGAAAUCAGCUUUCUGAAAAUGAGCCAAUGCCAUGGCCCUCGGUUGAAAAUGAGCCAAUAAAUGAGUAUCAGAUAUCACAUCUGGCCACAAUGGCUUUCCCGACAUUAUUUCCAGAUGGGAAAG